CACCGCCCCGGGCGAGAGCGAGAUGGAAAAGAAGAGUUUAUGGUUUCCGGUUGGCCUAAAAGCAGAGGUGUAAAGGAGAGACUGGCGUAUGGAUGAGAACUGUCAAGCCCCUUGCAAGGCUUUAUCCUAAAGAAAAGAAGAAAUGAGUCCCACGAAAGAUGACACAGGGCUCGGGACCGUAUUUGACUGGGACUAUCUCCUAUGGGAAGUUCGUUUGACGCUUAUAGCUGCUGGGUUUUUGAUCUACCUGGGGGUUUUUCUCCUGUCCCACUGGCUGUCGUCAUGGAUAAGUACCACGUACCGUGCCUUGCAUGCAAAGGAGAAGGUGUUCUGGAACAUGGCAGUCACGCGCGGCGUGUUCGGCCUUCAGAGCUGCGUUGCUGGUCUGUGGGCUCUGCUCAUGGAUCCUGUUUUUCAUGCUGACAAAGUGUAUUCUCAGCAGCAGUGGAGCUGGUUUAACUGUUUAAUAGCUGCUGGCUUUUUCUUGCUGGAAAAUGUAGCUGUUCAUUUGUCCAACAUUGCUUUUAGAACAUUUGAUGUGUUCUUGGUAGUUCAUCACUUCCUUGCUUUUGGUGGCUUGGCUGGUCUGGUAAUUAAUGUAAAAUCUGGACACUAUCUACCGUUGAUGGGAAUGCUGCUGGAGAUGAGUACUCCUUCAACCUGCAUUUCCUGGAUGCUUUUAAAGGCUGGCUGUGCUAAUACGCUUUUCUGGAAGGCAAACCAGUGGGUAAUGAUCCACCUGUUUCACUGCCGCAUGAUUCUCACUUAUCAUAUGUGGUGGGUGUCCAUUGCCAACUGGAAUAACAUGAUGGAAAACCUGGGGCUUCUUCACUUUAUUGUUAUGUUUUCGGGAUUAUUCGCAGUCACACUAAUACUUAACCCAUACUGGACAUACAAAAAAACUCAGCAGCUUCUCAGUCCAACUGACUGGAACUUUGAAAAUAAAGCAGUGAAAAACGGAAAAUUAAAUGGAGAUACAUGUCAAAAGAAGAGGAUAUGAUACAGAAAGAGCCGUCUCCUAAGAUAAUAACAGAAUGUGCAGAACACAAUGCAAAGCAAUUUGAUCAUGAAAUAGAAGCAUUUGCAAGGAGCUCAUUAACACGAUGAUUCCCUCCUGUUAGUAUUUUAURCAUCAGAAGUAUUUUAAAGUCUGCAUUGUCUCUUUAAAAGUCUUAAAUUGUCUAUACUUUAUAUAUAAGUACGUGCAAGAUCUUUAAGGUCUUAGUUGGACAGUGUUUUAUGAUUUUUAGCAAUAACAGGCUCUCUAGUGGUAUCCUAAUGGUAUCCUUUAACACUUCCAUGUGGGUUUAUAGUUAAUUUGUCUGUUAAGCUUGGCUUGCAUCAAGUUAGCAUGAAUCCCAUUUCAUGUGUGCAGUAGAUACUGAUGCUGAAUACUGUGUUAGGAAGCUUAUUAAAAUCAAUUAUGACCCAAGUUAGGUAUGCAGAGGUACCUAGUUCCUGAGUGCCACUAAACCCUUCCAAAUGGUUGAACUGGUCAURUGGCAGAAUGCAGUUGUAGCUGGGCUUCUCUUGGUGGGUUUUUUUUUUCUGUUUAAGUGCACUUGAGGAAAAACAAUAUGAUCAUUUAGAGCAUUCACUGUCAGGGUGUCCUGGAGUUUCUAAGUUGCCCUCUGACUGGAAGGAAUUCCAAUCCACCACAAAGAUACAUGUGAUGAGGGGUGAGGAUGCAGAUCUUCCUGGUGGUGGGCUAGUUAGGUAACUAUAGUGAUUCUGUCUGGACUGGAAAUCUGUGAAAACGAGAAGUUAACGAUGAAACUUUUGGCUCUGUUUGAUCCUUAAAAGACUUGCUGGUUGUUGGCCAAAACUAUCCUUAUUUUUGGUCCCAAGUGAACAGUCAUGGAAUUCAUUCCACUAGUGCCUCUGUUACGGUUCUUUAGUUUUGGAAAUCCUCUGUUAYAGAGGAUUAAAAAAGGGGUGACCCUUUUUUAGAGGGAAACUCUUGUAAUGUCAGUUAGAAGUUCAGUUGUUCUCUUAGUAUUUUUAUUUUACAUUGGAGAACAUAUAAAAUGAGGCUGGUAAUCUUUUGCACUUUAUCUACCACAGCGCUAAAUGUUUCCUUGACCUAAGGAACAGAGUUGUUUUUUAGGUAGGAGCUUUGCAAAUUGCUGUGGAUGUUCUUCCAGAAAUGAUGUUAGGCUGGUUGUUCCUGCCUGGAAUUUUCUACAGCAAAUCAAGAUAUCUUGAUAGGAAAGAGUGACACCUGGUGGCAAGAGAGUGUCAUAAAGAUAGUCGUUCUGAAGCACUAGGCUUGGGAUAUAAACAGCCCAUCAUAUGCAACUUUUUUAUAUUUUUUUAAUAUAUAUGAGCCAGUGCUGUGAAGAAUUUUAGGUCAAGGAACUUGUUGUCUAGAGGUUUUGUGUAUUGAUUUGUGGUGGGACAUACUAUUUUUUAACUUGGGGGGAACGGCAUUUAGUGUAAAUAAGCUCAUUCUAUUUAUUUUGGUUGGGGUGUCUUUGGUUUUGUCCAGAGUGAGUGCAUGAAAAUAGUGGUCACAUGAUUGUGUUCCCUAUUUCAGUUUGCUUAAGCAUAGAGUUGAAAAACUGUCUCAUAGGGGACAGAGAAUGUUUUACCAUCAGGUCACAAAUUUAUAGCUAUAUCAUGUUGAAAGUGCCAAAGUGGUGAACAUCUGAAAUCUGGGGUUUCAGAAACUACUCUGARCUCAGACUAUUUUGCAUGGUCAUGCUCUCUAAUACUCUGCUGGUAUUUGGUAAAGAACAUCUAAUUUUGUGCUUCAGACUUCAUAUUUCUGAGCAGGAGAGAAUAAAGUCACACUGUUACGGCAUUAUGGCCUGUGUGAUGCUGUCUGGUAAAGGGGAAAAAAAAAMCCAUUUUUCCAAAGCUGAGAAUUUUGUACCUGUGUUAAGGAGUUGUGAGGAAUAAUAUUAGAAGUGCUUUGACAUUCCAAAAGAAAGCAGAUGAGAAAUUUUGGAGAAAGGGUAGAGAAACAUUAUCCGUAUGUAUAGCUUGGAGAAUACAAACCUCACUUCCAGGAAUCCCAGAGGGGAAAGAUGGAAGAUUAGUUGCUGAGUAUCAGGAUGAAGAUACACUCUAUGUAUCCUAGGAUUUAAAGAGCUGAGUUAUAUGAAACAAGGUAAAAAUAACAGAAAUUCCACCUAGAGCUUUGCAAAGAGGUCCAACAGAAAAUGGAAACAUCAAAGGUGAAGUAGGUUGGGACCAGUGUGGAGUUUUUACAGUGGCUGUCUGAAG